AUGCCUUCCAAAUCAACAAGAGGCCUCUCGCUGGAUUCCGCUAAUAUAAUGUCAACGGUUCUGGAAGGCAUUCUGUACGGAUUUUCAGUCCCCAUGUUCAUGAGUACCAUCUGGACAUUCACCUACAAACAACGCAUCCGGGACAUCAAUCGACCAGUCAGUGUGGUUGCAACCCUGCUGUUUAUACUCAGUACUGCGCACAUGAUCGUAGGCAUCAUGCGCGUCGAAGAUGGCCUGGUGAAUAAUCGCGAUAUCCCUGGUGGGCCAGCGGCGUACUUCGCAGACGUUACCCAACAAUCAUUUGCGACCAAGAAUACGAUCAUCACACUGCAAACACUGCUUGGCGAUGGCGUGGUGAUCUAUCGAUGUUACGUCGUUUGGCAAUCUGUGUGGAUUAUUAUCCUACCAUGCAUGAUGUGGUGCGGGGUCGCAGCGUUUGGAAUUUGUAUGGUCUAUGCCCAAGCGCCGACUACCACUGCCAAAAAUGUCUUCAGCAACGAGACUGGACAUUGGAUUACGACGUUCCUUUCCUUGACGCUUGCGACUAAUUUGCUCAGUUCAGGGUUACUGGCAUAUCGCAUCUGGACAAUCGAACGCAAUGUCUCUGGAGCUUACGCUACAAAGAACAAAAUGCCUAUAUUGCGCGUGCUCAUAGAUGCUGCGCUUUUAUACUCUGCAGCACUCUGCACCUCACUGGCGUGUUUCGCCCUCUUCAACAAUGGAUUUUAUGUUAUGGGCGACCUGAUCGUCCCCAUCAUCUCGAUCGUCUUUUACAUGGUGUUUAUCCGCGUCGCGAUCGGGCAAAAUAUCCGGGAAUACCUGUCGACCACUAUUUGUGGAGGGAUAAAUGAAUCGGAUCGAAGAACCUUGUCACCACGAUCUCCUGUGCAGCCCUCAAUGCAGGUUGGACAUAGCAAGAACGAUAUAUCAUCUUGGCCAACAGCGACGCCAUGA